AUUCUUUGUUAUUAAACAUUGAUUGAUUUUAACAGUGUAUUAUAUUAAUUCUUAUUCCUAUAUUAAUUAUUAUUCCACAUUCUUAUUCUUAAAUGUUUAUAUUUAAUUCCUUAAAAUAAGUGUUAAAUAAUGGACGAAGAACCAACAAAAGAACAAGUUUACUCGUGCUCGUAUUGUGUUAAAGAAUUCAAAACUCUGAUGCUUUUUAACAGGCACAAGAAAAUUCACAAUUUAACUUGCGACAAAUGCAGGAAAACGUUCAAAACAUUCAGCCAACUGAGAUUACACAAUAAAGAAAAACACCCAAAGCUGAAAUUCUACAAGUGCAAAGUGUGCCCCGAUUUGACUUUUAACGAAGAAAAAGAUUAUCUGCUACACCUUCGAAACGAUCACGAAGGCAAAAUCAUAGAGAGCCACAUGUGCAACGUUUGUGGCAAAACAUUCCGAACCAGUUCUGAGCUCAGCCUCCACAUCCGAUCCAAAUGUGGCACAGAAAAACAAUUUAUUUGUAAGGAAUGCGGCCAGAAACUCAUGUCCCCUGGAUCAUUAUAUACCCAUUUAAAACGACAUAAGGGCGAAAACAGCUUCAUGUGUCGAUUCUGCGCUAAAUUGUUCCUAACGUCCGGUCAACUAAAGGUACACGAGAGAAUCCACACUCAGCAAAAAGUGUUUGUUUGCGAUGUUUGUGGAAAGGGUUUCUGCCAUCGCCAGAGCUUGAUAACUCACAUAUCGGUGCACACCGGUAUAAAGCCCUACCAAUGCGAGGGUUGCGGAAAGUCCUUCAGCUGCGUGGGGAAUUUGCUGAAGCACCGAAGGACUCAUUCGGACACCUGCGGAGCUUUGCCGAUGACCAGCCAUCGGGUGCAGAACCCUUCAACGAAGAUCAAAGUGCGCAUAAACACGCCGGCCUCUUCGAAGCUGAAGAGGAUCCAGAUGAUGAAGGAUCUCGAGCGGAAAUUCGCCGUUUUGGAGAAAGAUGAUAUGGAGGAAUGUAAAACGGGUGAUUCUGAGACUAAUGGAGAACGUGAAUGUAAUAAUGUAGAACUAGCCAUCGAUAAAUCGUGUAAGGAAGACGAUUCUGAUUGUAAUGGUAGUGAUAGAUGCUCUGAUGUAUCCGAUAAAUGCGAAGAAAGUAGCUGUAAUAAUGAAGAUCUGCGAGGUUCAAGUCGAAGAAAUAAACGUGCAAUAUUAAUUCACGAGGAGGAAUUUGAGGAAUUCGUUAAAAUAAGAAAAUUGAAUAAAGGAAAAACAGCGACGUGUAAAUAUUGUGAGAAGGAAUACAGCAAUUUUAAAUGGCUCUUCAAACACGAACAGGAUCAUAAGGAGAACGAUGCCAAAGACGGAUUUUUAUUACCAUAUAAGUGCAGUGUUUGUAAAAUGGGUUUCGAAACCGAAUUUGAUUUAAAGGAACAUCAAAGGAAUAAACAUUCCACUGAAUUGAGCACUUCGUGGACAUCGUGUUUGAGAAACGGUUUACCGGAACCGGAAAAGCGGGACAUCAUCAAGCGCUCGUCGCUGCCGGAAUUCAUCAAGAAAUUCUCAUUGCAAUUGCCCGACAGCAGCACCGUCUUGGGUACCAUCCAGAAGCAGAUCUGCUGCGGUUUGUCCGCGCUGGACACGUUUUUACACAAAAUAUCCGAGCGGGACGAAACCCCUCGCGAUAUUUCAGACAUUUUAGAUUCCGCGAAGAUAUUCGCCGAUCUCUAUUACGUCGUCUCCUCUUGUUCGAUGUGCUCCAGGUUAUUCUCGAGCUCGAAGACCCUUCGAAGCCACCGCAAACGCGCCCAUCAAGGAAUCAAACGCAAGCAAUACCUCUACAUUUGCGACAAAUGCGGCUCGAUGUUCAAGCAAAAGAUCCACUUGGUCCAUCACGAAUCGUCCAACUGCCACCCGCGCUUCAAAUGCCCCAUCUGCCCCAAGGAAUUCCUCUCGGAGUACUCGCGAAAGGCCCAUUCGGCCUCGCACGGCGGCGCUACCAGCUACCGCUGCGGCUGGUGCGGCAAAUCCUACAAGUGGAAGGGCCAGCUGAAGGUUCAUUUGAACGCGCACGCGGCCCGGAAACCGUACGCCUGCGAGUUUUGCGGUAAAACGUUCGUUUACAGGAGCAGUUUGUCGACGCACCGGUCGGCCCACGUCGGCAAGAAGUUCUUCUGCGAAUGCUGCGGUUCGAGGUUUUCUUGCGCUGGAAACCUGCUCAGGCACAAGGCCGCCCGGGCCGGCACUUGCGGGAGAUGGUGUGAAGAGAAUUUAUCCGAAUCGAAGGCGGCUAAAUGUGAAGCUUUAAAGAUGUGA